GCAGGACACUUCUUUCCUCUCUUCCUGUGGGUUCUUGCUCUCAGAUACCAAUCGCUAUGUCCGGGCGCGGCAAGCAAGGCGGCAAGGCGCGCGCCAAGGCCAAGACUAGGUCAUCCCGGGCCGGCCUGCAGUUCCCGGUGGGCCGCGUGCACCGCCUGCUCCGCAAGGGCAACUACGCCGAGCGGGUGGGCGCCGGCGCGCCCGUCUACCUGGCGGCCGUGCUCGAGUACCUGACGGCCGAGAUCCUGGAGCUGGCGGGCAACGCGGCGCGCGACAACAAGAAGACGCGCAUCAUCCCGCGCCACCUGCAGCUGGCCAUCCGCAACGACGAGGAGCUCAACAAGCUGCUGGGCCGCGUCACCAUCGCGCAGGGCGGCGUCCUGCCCAACAUCCAGGCCGUGCUGCUGCCCAAGAAGACCGAGAGCCACCACAAGGCCAAGGUGGAAAUCCAAUCAUUUCUCGCGAAAGCAACCGGAGAACCAAUUAGAUCACAGCGCGGGACCUACGAACCACACUGGUCUAUAAAUGCCGUCAGAACCGACAACUUGCUACUCUCCAGCCCGGUUCCUCUUCUGUGUGUCUGUCAUGGCUCGCACGAAGCAGACGGCGCGCAAGUCGACGGGCGGCAAGGCCCCGCGCAAGCAGCUGGCCACCAAGGCGGCCCGCAAGAGCGCGCCGGCCACCGGCGGCGUCAAGAAGCCGCACCGCUACCGGCCCGGCACGGUGGCCCUGCGCGAGAUCCGGCGCUACCAGAAGUCCACCGAGCUGCUGAUCCGCAAGCUGCCGUUCCAGCGGCUGGUGCGCGAGAUCGCGCAGGACUUCAAGACCGACCUGCGCUUCCAGAGCUCGGCCGUCAUGGCCCUGCAGGAGGCGUGCGAGGCCUACCUGGUGGGGCUCUUCGAGGACACCAACCUGUGCGCCAUCCACGCCAAGCGCGUCACCAUCAUGCCCAAGGACAUCCAGCUGGCGCGCCGCAUCCGCGGGGAGAGGGCGUAAUCCAAGGCUAUUUUCUCUGGACUUUGAAAAAGGCUCUUUUCAGAGCCACCUACUUUGUCAAAAAUCUGUUGUAACGCUUUCCUUACAUCUCCCUUCGUGAAAGUCUUCCCUUUUUCAGGAAUACUCAAGCCAUAUUAGAUGCAUGCAGUGAAUUUUAUAACAAUCUUGUUUGGAUUCAUAGUAAUUGUGUGUAAGGUUACAUAAUCCAUCACUUAGUUUUAGAAAGAUGCUUUACUACUCACUUGCCAGGAUGUUUUUCAAACUCUAGUUGUUCGAUAAAGGCCACAGAAUGGCUUUUAGGUAUUACAAGAUAGGAACUUCCCUAUUUACCUGCAGCCUUCUAUCCUUUUGGAGUGUGAAAGAAAAGGGCAACACUUACUAUUAUCACUAGAGUCAAAGUCUAGGUGAAUCAAGUGAAAUGCAUAGUUUUUUAAUGGGUCUUCAAUCCACUGGGUAGGCCUCAGUAGCCUGAAAAGCAAAUAAAGACCUGAUAUUUUUUUCACAUGGAGAAAUUGUUUUUCACGCCCUUACGUUAUGCGCUAUCAAAGUAUAAAAUUCGAAAUAAUAAGCCAAGUCUCAUAUAGUGAGUUUUUCUAAUAUAUAAGUCAUCAAUAAGGGACUAUCAGGAAGAUAAACCUAGUUUAAAGGAGUAUAGGACAUUAUCAAGACUAUCAAUACUUCGGGGCGCCUGGGGGCUCAAUCUUAAGCAUCUGUACUCGGCUCAGGUCAUGAUCCCAGGGUCCUGGGAUUGAGCCCCCCAUCGGGCUCUCUGCUCGCAGGGGAGCCUGCUUCUUCUCCCAGUCUACCUGCUUGUGUUCCCUCUCUCACUGUCUCUCUCUGUCAAGUAAAUAAAUAGAAUCUUAAAAAAAAAAAAAAAGACUAUCGAUAGUUCAAGAAAGUGAAGGAAACAAAAUAUUCCUCUUUGACAUAAAAAUCUGGGGUUCAAGGCAGUUAAGCAACAAUCACAGGAAAAGCUCUCUCCACCCUUCCUGCUUUCUGCCCUAAGGCAGGAUAUAAAGGCUAUUCUGGAGACCUCUAGAAUCUUAACAGCCCAGAGAGACACCAGAGGAAUCAGCAAACCUUCGUUUCCUCCCAUAUAUUCACCUUCCCAGGGUUUUCAGUCCUUAAAAGCCUAAAACUGCCUUCCUUUGUCCUGUCACUUCUCUAUGCAUCUAUUGUUCUUUUUCAAGAUGCUGUAUAAGCUGCAGUUCUAAGGUACCUCUUUGAAUUCCCUGGGUUUCUCCCACGUGUAUAUGAAAUAUACAUUAAUAAACAU